AUUUAGGGCUCUUGAAUGGAGAAGCUGCGGGGAUGGCUCACGCGAGGCGCCGAUCGUGGCGCCGGCGAUUGCAGCUGCAAGGGUGAGUGCAAUAGCAACGAUGAUGGAGUAGGAGGCGGCGGGGCUGUCAAGCUGAAGCUGCUGUUCGCGUCGGAGACGGGCACUUCGGCCGCAUUGGCGAAGCGCCUGGCUGGGAAGCUGGGUGAGAGGGGGAUUCCAGUGGAGCUGGUCGAUCCCAGCGGGUACGAGCCCGAGGAAUUUCUCAAGGAGAGGCUGGUGGUGAUGGUCGUGUCGACAUGGGAGGACGGGAAUCCUCCCAAGCACGCGGCUUUCUUCGUGAACUGGCUCGCCGAGAGCUCCACGGACUUUCGAGUUGGAUCAAAGGCGCUGGCCGAGUGCCGGUUUGCGGUGUUUGGCGUUGGAAGCCGCGAGUAUGGUUCCAAGUUUAAUGCCGUUGGAAGAGCCGUGGAGAAGUACAUGGCGGACCUGGGAGCGCAAAGAUUGGUGGAGAGGGGCGAGGGAGACGUCGAUGGAGGCAGGCUAGAUGCUACUUUCGAUGGCUGGUCGGCAAGGCUCGUUCGCAAAGUGAAAGAGUUUCUCGAGAGAGAUUCCAUCGCAGUGGAACCGGCUGCUGCGGUUGAAGGAGAUGAGAGUGACGACGAUGGCGAGUUUGAUGACAGUAAGGAGGAUUUCGACUUGGAAGAUUUGGCUGGCAAGUAUCCUCGAGCGACGAAUGGAAAGCCCGUUAGCGAUGGAGAGGCGAAGGAGAUGGUGACGCCCGUUAUCAGGUCCAGCUUAGAGAAACAGGGGUACAAGGUAAUUGGAUCUCACAGCGGUGUGAAGUUAUGUAGAUGGACAAAGUCUCAACUACGCGGUCGUGGUGGCUGCUACAAGCAUACCUUUUAUGGAAUUGAGAGCCACAGAUGUAUGGAGGCAACGCCGAGCCUUGCGUGCGCAAACAAAUGCGUCUUCUGCUGGAGGCACCAUACAAAUCCCGUUGGAAAGUCGUGGAAGUGGAAGAUGGAUGAUCCUUUGGAUAUAGUGACGACUGCUCUGGAUCAUCAUAAGAAGAUGAUCAAGCAAAUGAAAGGCGUCCCUGGUGUGAAAGAUGAUCGUCUGGAAGAAGGCCUUCGUCCAAGGCAUUGUGCUCUGUCACUUGUUGGAGAACCCAUCAUGUAUCCGGAGAUUAACACUCUGGUCGACGAGCUGCAUAAGAGACAUAUAUCUACGUUUCUGGUGACUAAUGCCCAGUUCCCCGACAAAAUUGCAUCUUUACAUCCCGUCACACAGCUAUACGUGAGCGUUGAUGCUGCAACAAAGGAGAGGCUAAAAGCCAUAGACAGGCCUCUUUUCAGCGACUAUUGGGAGCGUUUCAUCGAUUCUUUGAAGGCGCUUUUAGAUAAGCAACAGAGGACGGUGUAUCGCUUGACUUUAGUUAAAGGAUGGAAUACCGCCGAAAUUACGGCAUACGCAGAGCUUUUGAAACUGGGAAGGCCGGACUUUAUUGAGAUCAAGGGAGUUACCUACUGUGGCUCGUCUAAGACAUCAACGUUGACCAUGGAGAACGUUCCUUGGCACGAGGAUGUGCGAGAGUUUUCGGAGGCGUUAUCUGCAGAGACCCGAGGAGAGUACGAGCUGGCGUGUGAGCACGUCCACUCGUGCUGUGUUCUCCUGGCUAAUGUCUCCAAGUUCAAAGCCGAUGGACAGUGGCAUACAUGGAUCGACUAUGACAAGUUCCAGGAGCUGGUGACAAGUGGGGAAUCCUUCAGCAGUGAGGACUACAUGGCAACCACCCCGGCCUGGGCUGUGUAUGGUGCUGUCGAAGGUGGCUUUGAUCCCACUGAAACGAGAGUUAGAAAGGAGAGACGGCAUGGCGGUGGCGGUGUUAGCGGUGGCUGUACUUAAGGGAAGAAGCCUCAUCUCUUCUACUUGCCAAAUUCCAGAUACCCAUUAUUGUUUCCAAAGUAGUGAUUGAGGUCCGUUUCCGUGGUGAUAUUGUUGCCCUUCCCGUCGGGGCACGCCGCACGCAUCAAGUUGCUGUGGAGCUCGACGUCGCAGCUAUCAAAAAUGCCACUGCCGGAGAUGAUACGACCAUUGUAGUUUCCCAAGUUCUCCUGCAAGUUGAAGAACUGGUGCUCCCACCUUGGCUCGCACUUGGCAUAUAACCAGUACUUGACGAGCGCAACGGGACGGCAGGAGAAUGCGAAUUGAUCGCAAGCCUGUGGAAGAAGGAUCAAUGGAAACUGGAAGAGAGAAGCCGUAGCUGUCACGAGCAGGAGCAAGUGUUUCUUCAUUGGGAACUUGUGAAGAGUUGCCGUCGCUACACUUCCCGUUAUCGAGUUGGAUUAAAAGGAAUGAUCUUUCGUCUUGGUGUAGGACCAAAAGAACGUCCGGACAAAGGAGACGUCUUCUAGCCGAGGCAAGCCAGCUUUGUUUCGUUUCUAAAGUGUAUCUAGUGUAAUCCCUGUUGCCGGAUCAUCGAUUCCAUGAUGACAUAUUGGAAGACAAUCAAAACAGUAUAAAUGAGAAAAUCCGGAGGAAAUGGUUUCUUUGC